UGUGGUGCUAAAAGUAAAACCAGCGUUUAAACGAGAAAAGAAACAACUCCAUCCAACAAAUCAAAUCAAAUCAAAUAUAAAAAAAAUAUAUAUUCAAACUGCGACUCGCAUGGUUACCAUGUAUAAAAAUAACCACUCCUCAUGUGCUCAAGCUGUUCUUCCACACCAUAAAUCAACUGCAGCCACAACCACGCAAUCAUCACCCCCGCUCCUAAGCCCUCCGCCACCGUCUCCGCAGCGCAAUGAAUCCGAUCGUCGUCAAUCAACCUCUCCAUCCUCUUCCUCUGUGUUCAUGCCUAGCCGCAUCAUGCUAGCCGCAUCCUCCUGGCUCCACACGCGCCGGACUCGCUGCCUCUUCCUCCUCCUCUGCUCCCCUUUCCUCAUCCCCUUCCUCUGCGCCAUCUUCCCUCUCCUUUGCGCCGCGGAACUCUUCAUCCGUCUCUGCGGCUGCCGGAGGAGGAGGAGGAAACCGACCGCCGCCGCCGUAAUUUUCCCUCGCGAGUCCGGAGAUGACGACGAGCGGCUGCGGCGAUGCGAGGAGGGAUGCUGCUGCGACGGGGAGAGAGAGGUAGGGUUACUGCAGAGAUACUUGGCCGAUCAGUUACUGCUUGUUGGAUCUGUAUACGAGUGCGGUGAUGAUGAGGAUUUUGAUGAUCAUGAAGAUGGAGAUGGCGAUCGCGAUCAUAAUCGAAAUGUGAAUUGUAAUGGUACUCCUCUUUUGAGUUGAAUUUGAUUUUUGAUUUGUUUUAAUAGUUGAAUUUUUCUGUAAAUACGGUUGAAAUCUUUGUUAUUUAGUGUGGUUUUUGCAAUUUCUUGAA